CGUGAAAGCGAAGCUUCGCUCUAUUAGAACUCCUGAUAUAUAUAGAAGUAUUUAAACUUUCGUGUGAUUCCUACAAGUUCGCCAGAUAAAUCAAUCGGCCGAACAGAACAUGUCUAGUGGGUUGUUGUGUUCGGAGAGGCCUUUGUUCGGCGGCGCAAUAUCCAGCUCCUUCCCUCAAAGAUUCCAGGAUGCAAGUAAUAUUCGACAAGUCCCGGAUCACCAGGAAGUGUUUGUGGAUCCUUCAAGGGAUGAGAGUUUGAUAUUCGAGCUUUUAGAUUUCAAGAGUGACGUUGGGGACAACGGCAGUGCCUCUUGGUUUCUUCACGAUCUCGCUUGUGAGCAAGAUGCCGAAGCAUUCAUGUUGGUCGACCAAUCACAAGUCGUUGACGCUCCUGGACUGUCCUUCAGAAACAUCCCUGCCGUUGUCACAACUGCUGUUGGAGAGAUGGCUAUAUCUAAAGGAAGACAGGGACGAGAAGCACAAAACUUAGUGAGGGUAUAUGUGGCAAAUCUUCGUCUCAAGGGAGUUGAAACAGAUGUCUUAGUGACUGCAUAUGAACCUAUUCUCAUCAACCCGCUGAGCGAAAGUGCGGGUGCUGUGGGAUCUGGUUUAGCUGUGCCAGCGUCACAAUCUGGAAUUUUGCCAAUGUGUGAUGUCAUUAAACAUGCACUCUCUACGUUCAGAGUCAAUGACUGGAGUCUUUUCUGUUCCUCAGCUUGAAGUCUAUAUGCUUCAUCAGCAAAACCAAACAAUGCAAAUCUGUCAUCAACUGGUGUUAUCUAGUUUUUUUUUAAUACUAUUUUACUAGGAAAUAACCCCGUGCGUAAACGCCCGGGAACAGUGAACUUUUUUAUUUUUUAUUUUAUAUUUAAUUUUUACUUUAUUUAACUUAGUAAUAAAUGUUAAAAAAUAAUCUUAACAAUAUUCUACUU